GGGAAUCUACAUUGUACUGCAUACUAUAGCUCAGGGCUAAGCCGACUACUACAUACUGCGCAUGCUCACUACUAAACCCCAUCACCGCCUUACUAUCUAUAUCCAUCCGCCGCCCCCCCCUCUCCCGUAACCAAGAAAAUUGUUGCAGCCAUAACUAAACUAACUAUGAAAACUGCACUGUUCUCAGUUGCGAUGAGUUGACACUAAGUAUCAGUACGGCCCAAUAAUCAACAAUAAAAGGUCGAGGCUAAUAUUCGCGGACAACAGCCAGUCCACAACGUGUGCGGCAGUAAUACGUCCAUUUCCAAAAAGUAGUGCACAUCCGCGCGAAAACGAGGGACUAUUGUGCGGGGAUUUUCGGCGCCCAUGAGACGGCAUUCGAAGUAAAUCGUCUCGUUUGUGCAGCGUGGUCCUCAGCUAGGAACAGAACAGCCAAGGCGGGGAUUGGCUGUAUAAACACGACGGACACGGUAAGCAGCCUCACUGGGUUUCUACCAGGUUACCGAAUCUUUUCCAGGUCAGUGUUGGGUGUCGGGCCCUACCGGAUGUGGAAGUUGAUCUCUUCUGUGGUAAAAAAUAAUUCAACUUCCCCCGGAACCCAGAUCAUCCGAACGAUUUCCUGUUUAUUGCGUUAAAGUCGGCGAGUUUCCGGGGAUCCGGGGCUGUGCAAGGCCUCUCCCGGGGUUGUACGGGCACGGGCAGCUCGGAGGGCGGGAAUGGCUUGAUGGGUGCCCGCCUUACGGAGACAUGGAGGCCUAGGCUUCGCUCGCCGGCUCCUACUGGAUGGGCCGCUCCCAUCGGGCGGGAAAAUAAAAACCCGGGAUUAUAUUAAUUUAUGUCCUUGGUAGACUUGGGAAAGAAGCUUUUGGAGGCAGCUCGGGCAGGUCAAGACGAUGAAGUCCGGAUACUAAUGGCAAAUGGAGCCCCAUUCACUACGGACUGGCUUGGAACUUCCCCGCUCCAUUUAGCAGCACAGUAUGGUCACUACUCCACGACUGAAGUGUUGCUUCGGGCAGGAGUGAGUAGGGAUGCACGGACAAAGGUAGAUCGGACUCCAUUGCACAUGGCUGCUUCAGAGGGACAUGGAAACAUCGUAGAAGUCUUAAUUAAGCAUGGUGCAGACAUCAAUGCCAAAGACAUGCUGAAGAUGACUGCUCUGCACUGGGCCACUGAACACAAUCACCAGGACGUAGUGGAGCUUCUGAUUAAGUACGGGGCUGAUGUACAUAGCCAGAGUAAAUUCUGCAAAACUGCAUUUGAUAUAUCGAUGGAUAAUGGAAAUGAGGACCUUGCGGAGAUCUUACAGAUUGCAAUGCAGAACCAAAUUAAUACAAAUCCAGAAAGUCCAGACACUGUGACCAUACAUACAGCUACUCCACAGUUCUUUAUUGGUCCUGGAGGGGUAGUAAACCUGACAGAUGACAAUGGUGUUUCAUCUACAGUGCAGUUUGGCAACUCUUCGACGUCUGUUUUAGCCACGUUAGCGGCAUUAGCUGAAGCUUCUGCCCCUCUGUCCAAUUCUUCAGAAACCCCAGUUGUGGCAACUGAAGAGGUGGUGACUGCCGAGUCCGUAGAUGGUGCGAUACAGCAAGUCGUUAGUUCCGGUGGGCAGCAGGUCAUCACAAUAGUGACAGAUGGCCUACAUCUUGGGAAUCUCCAGUCUAUCCCAACCAGUGGUAUAGGUCAACCGAUCAUAGUCACAAUGCCGGAUGGUCAGCAAGUACUGACAGUACCAGCAACGGACAUUGCUGAAGAAACUGUGAUUAGUGAAGAACCUCCGUCCAAAAGACAGUGUAUUGAGAUUAUUGAAAAUCGUGUUGAGUCUGGAGAAAUUGAGAUUCCAGAAACUUCUGGGUCAGAAAUCUAUAUUGUGAAUACUCAAGAGUUCUCUCAGGAAAGAGAAUCCCUUCAGAAGCAGCUUGAUGAAGCCAACAGAGAAGCACAGAAAUAUCGACAACAGCUUUUUAAAAAAGAACAAGAAGCAGAGGCCUAUAGGCAGAAGCUAGAAGCUAUGACCCGACUGCAGACUAACAAAGAAGUUGUUUAAGUACUUAACUGGAGUAGACUUAUAAUUUUCAUAUUCUCAUUGAUGAAGAGGCAGACCUGUUCUAUGCACUGUAUGGCUACACGUGCAGCGUUUUGAACCUGUUAUGGUUCAGCCACAAAGCAGAAUCUUCACCAAGAAAGCCCCAACUUCAUUGUGACCUGCAUUAUACAUAAAGUGCUGGUAUUACAAAGGUCAAUCUUUGUGAAGAAUAUUUAAAAUGAAAUACUGUAUAUAGUUUUUUUUCAGUUAGCAGAUUCGUUGAUGCUGGUUUGUUUGGGAAAGAUGCAGAUAUACAACUAUCAAUAAAUAUAUAGAUAUAACAAAAAACAUUUUAAAGCUAAAUACAGCAUUGAAAAGUAAAGUUCUCCACACUUAAUUUGACAAAAAAAA